AUGCUAGGAUCCAAGCCUUGCACUACCCCCUUUCUGAGUGACACCAGCUCCUUGUUUAAGACAGAGAAUUACUUGCCCAAUCCCAAUUCUUAUCACAGACUGAUAGGGAAGUUACUCUAUCUCACUAAUACUAGACCUAAUCUAUGCUUUUCUGUUAAUCUUCUCAAUCAAUUUGUUCAAUCCCCUACUAAUUAUCACUAUCGGGCUUUGCAGCACAUGCUUAGAUAUAUUAAGUCCAGCCCCUCACAAGGCCUCUUCUUUGUUGUUGAUUCUCAUAUCCAAAUAAAGGCCUUUAGUGACUCGGACUGGGCAACUUGUCCUAAUACUAGAAGAUCCACCACUAGAUUUUGCAUCUUCCUUGGAUCCUCUCUUAUAUCAUGGAAAACUAAGAAACAAAAUACUGUAUCUAGGUCUUCCACCGAAGUAGAAUAUCGUGCCCUGGCUGCUACAACUUUCGAAAUUAAAUGGAUUGAUUAUCUCCUACAAGAUCUCAGUGUUGAGACCAUUACUACUGUUGUGCUUUACUGUGACAAUAAGUUUGCUAGACAUAUUGCUCAUAAUCAAAGCUUUCAUGAAAAGACUAAACACAUCGAACUCGACUGUCACGUUGUCCACGAGAAGAUUCAACAAGCAACUUGUUGA